GGGUGCGGGUCGCGGCGCAUGCGUGGUGAAGAGCGGCGGGUAUUGAGGCUGGCCGGGCUCUUUUGUUCGACGGAGGCAGACGGAGAGCGCCAGGCCCGAGGCCUCGGCCCCUUGUAGGCCGCUUCUAUUGGGAUCCAUUGGCGGGGCUGUGUAAGCAGCGUCGCCCGUAAGCUGAAAAACUGGCCAGCACAAUGGGAAAAAAACAGAACAAGAAGAAAGUAGAAGAGGUCUUAGAGGAAGAGGAGGAGGAGUAUGUGGUGGAGAAGGUCCUGGAUCGACGAGUGGUGAAGGGCAAAGUGGAAUAUCUGCUGAAAUGGAAAGGCUUCUCCGAUGAAGAUAACACAUGGGAGCCAGAGGAGAACCUCGACUGCCCAGACCUCAUUGCAGAGUUCCUUCAAUCCCAGAAAACUGCACAUGAGAGUGAGAAGUCUGAGGGAAGCAAACGCAAAGCAGAGUCUGACACGGAGGACAAAGGGGAGGAGAGCAAACCAAAGAAGAAGAAGGAGGAGUCGGAGAAACCACGAGGUUUUGCCCGGGGCUUUGAACCAGAGCGGAUCAUCGGUGCCACAGAUUCCAGCGGGGAGCUCAUGUUCCUGAUGAAGUGGAAGAACUCUGAUGAGGCCGACCUGGUCCCCGCCAAGGAAGCCAACAUCAAGUGCCCCCAGGUGGUCAUCUCGUUCUAUGAGGAGAGGUUGACAUGGCAUUCCUACCCCUCAGAGGACGAUGACAAGAAAGAGGACAAGAACUAAACCCUGGCACCCACCUUGGCCAGCCUUUGUAUAAAGAUCUGAACUGUGGGUUUGAGCAAGAGGGGGGAGAACGCAGCUCUGCUCUAUGGGGAGCGUAGAGAUGGCUGGAGAAGAUGCCCUUUGAAGAGACCAGUAUGGUUUCUGUGCCCUGCAGCUGCUCCACUGCUUUAUGCAGCUUCAUGCUGUGUACAGAUUCAAACCAGCCCCACUCAUUGGGGAAGGGGUGGGGGGAGGGAGGGAAGGGUGAGGGAUAUGGGGGCGUAGGGGGGGAGGCCAUGGGAUUUCCAGGCUGUCCAUUUGGCAGCUUGUGGGAGAGGAAACCAAACCCCUUCCAUGAAGGACUGUCACUGGUGAUGGGUGGGCUGGGGUAAAGGAGUGCAGAUGGAUACUGCUCAUUCUUCAAAGACCAUCUCAACAACCCACAGCCUUCUUCCCAAUAGUGUUAACUCUGCAUUUUUACUGCGUAGCAUGUGUGUAGGUUUGUUUGUUUUUUGAGGGGGGGGGGUUGUUUUAUUUUCUGUUGUUGGUUUUAUUUCUGUUCUGUUUUUCUUUUGCUGUUACUGGUGUAUCGGUCUUUGGGGGGGAUGGGGGGGGGGGGGGGGGGGAUGAAAUUGGUCUGUUGUUUUAUUGAGGGGAGGGAGGGAGGUGAGUUCUGAUGAUGAUGUUUCCAGAUCAUUUACAGGUCAUUUGUUUUUAAGAACCUGAAUUCACAAAACAGACAAAAAUAAGAGCCCAGUAUUGAUGACCAGAAUUAAGGAGACAGACAGGGAUGCUGACAUGAGGCUGUGAAUGUCCGCAGCUUUGGAGCUGAGCUCCUCCAAACCCUCAGAGCAGUUUGUAUUGAGGGGGGGGGUGGGAAGGUGGGGAUGGGGGGGAGACUUGUGAACAUACAAACUUGUGAUUCGUAUUGUCCUGAAGCAGAACUGCCACUUACUGACACACGCAUUGUAUGUGGGAGGGUGGGCUGGGGAUGCAUCUGAACCCUUUGAAAGCCUUUGUACCUAUUCUGUUUUACUUCUCCAUCACAAGGUGCUAUUUGUCAAAAUGGAGGAGGGGAGGGAAAUAGGGGUGGGGGGGAAAGACUUGUGACUAUUGAUUCCUUUUCCUACCUUAACUUGACUGUCCAGCCAGCAGCACUGGGCACCCUUCACAUUUCACACAUGGGAGAGAGAGGAAACAACGAACAGCACAAAGAAAAUCAAAAAAGAGAAUGAAUUCCGUAUUCUCCCAUAACAAGCAAUUGGGUUUUGUUUUCUUCUUUAGGAGGGUCAGACAUUGGUGCCGGAGUCAGAUGAGUAACCCAGAACCUUUUUAUUCUUACAAACCCAAUUUCAUUACAAACAAUGACUUAUUUAAUGUCUGGAAUUAUGAGCCCAGCCAGACUCCUGGCACUUCCUUGUAGGUCGGUAUGUAUUUAGAUUUGCAUUGUACAAACCUUUGUUGUUCUUUAUUUUUUUGUUUAAAAAAAGCAUGUGUUUAGGUUCCUGUGAAAGAAAAAAAACCAUUGUUGAAAUGUAAAGUACGUGUUUGGAUUUUAACUUCAUCCCAAGCUCUGUCUGCUUUGGUUUGGUUUAUUAUUUUUGGGUCUCUCAAUAAAAUUUUAGAUUUAUAAUCUUGA